GAGAACCACCUGCACAUACAGAGUGUAAGCUCUUGAAAUAACAUUUCACUCAAGCGCGGAACUCUUGCACCAACAGCUGCAAUGAGACGGCAACACUUCAGUAUUUUCGUAACUAAAAGUCAGCUGCAGAUGCUUGUUCUGAUUCUUACAGUGACAUCCACUGUUGUGAUAAGCCAAACUACAUUUGAGAUAACUUGCUUUUUAAUCAAACAACACAACAAUGCUUCAAGAAAUUGGGAUUCUUCACCUUCUCUCAAGCAGAUGCAAGGUAAUGUUGAAGACCUCCAGUGUUCCUUGAAUAAUCAAAGCACUGAGAAUGCCUACAAAACAACCAAGGUUGUAGAAGUUGGUGUGCUUGAAAAUGUCAGGUUAAAAGCAGUAUUAAAUAUUUCAGAGAAUAUCGUCUGCCACUGGGUUUUUAAAGAGAUCUGGACCAAAUGUAAUUCCUCUCUGGAUUUGGAGAACCGGCACAUCGUUUCAGUGGAGUUCCCAAGAAUCAAAGAAACCCAAGGGGGAAAUCACACACUGUUAAUUACAACUGAAACCAGUAACUACAAGAUAGUAUUUAUGUUGUAUAUAAGGAGAAGCCCAGGAAAGCCAUAUUUCAUAAAACACGGAGAUGAAAGUGUGAGGUGCAUAUCAGAAGGACAUCCUACACCAGUUCUUGAAUGGUUGCCUUGCCAGGUUCCUGAUGAGAAGUGUAGAUUUGUUUCUGAAGACCUGAGGGAAAAUCAGAAAGCACAGCUUUCCUUAAGAAAAGAGGGCUUGUUAUUUGAACCACAUGUAUGGUGCUGUGCAACUACCAGUAAUAACCGGAGCAAAGUAUGCACAGAGCUUUAUACAAUAGAUCUGAGUGGAAAAUCAGAAAGCCCUGGGCAGGAACUAUUUCUCAGAGUUGGAGAUCCACUGUUCUUAAGAUGCAGAUCCAAAUAUAACACUCAUCAGUUUGGAAAUAAGUGGCAUUUUGGAAACAAGCAAUUAACAAAGAAUAUGACGCUAGAAGGAAGAUGGCAAUUGAAUUCGUCUUGGGUUAAGACUCUGUAUGCAUUUAUGUCAUCUGUGGAACAACAUAAUGGUGGUAAUUAUACUUGUUCUUCUGAAGAAAUUGCUGCUAAGAAAACUGCUAUAGUUAGAAUUUUAGACAAAGGGUUUAUCAAUAUAACCAAUGCAAAGGAAGAUUUUGAACUUGGCAUAGAAGAAAAUACCUGCCUUGAAGUUAAACUUAAAGCCUAUCCACCAAUCAGAUGCAUUUGGAUAUUUUCCCAAAUGUCAUUUCCGUGUCAGCAAACUUACACAGAUACUUACAGCAUCUCUGCAAGCUUCUGUGGUCAUAAAAAGCAACCAGGCGAAUAUUUAUUCUAUGCAGAAAAUACUGAUGUGUUUGUAAAGAGGACGCUAAGACUCUACGUGAAGAGCAUACCUAAAGUCAACAUGAGCUCAACGUUCAAUCAGUUAUCUUGCAUUGCUGAAAGCAAUCCUGCUUCAUUGUGGAUCUGGAAGGAAUGUUACAGAAAACAUAUCAAUUGCACUGAAAUCACAGAUGGAAUUUCAAAUGAAAGACAUCAAGGAACAAUAUUUGGAUCAUGGAUCUCAAGGAGCACUUUAAAUACAAAGAACAUACAAACUGGACAUUUUGUUGAAUGCUGUGCAAACAAUUCAGUUGGCUAUUCUUGUGAAUCUUAUUUUGUUGAGCCAAAAGGUAAUCUUUUGCUAUAUGCAACAUUUGGAGUCUGCUUUCCAAUUAUUGCUGGGUUGUGCAUAUUAACUUACCGAAACUAUAAAAAGCAAUUUAGAUAUGAAAGACAACUGCAUAUGAUACAAAUGGUUGGUUCUUCCAACAACGAAUACAUCUACAUUAAUUUCAGUGAGUUGGAGUAUGAUGCCCAGUGGGAGUUUCCCAGAGAAAAUCUGAAAUUUGGACAAGUACUGGGCUCCGGUGCCUUUGGAAAAGUCAUGAAUGCUACUGCAUAUGGAAUUAGCGAAGCUGGAGCAUCCAUCCAAGUUGCCGUCAAAAUGCUUAAAGAAAAAUAUGACUCUUUGGAAAAAGAUGCUCUAAUGUCUGAACUCAAAAUGAUGAUUCAUAUUGGAAGUCAUGAAAACAUUGUGAAUCUGCUAGGAGCAUGCACCAAGUCAGGGCCAGUUUACUUAAUUUUUGAAUAUUGUUGCUAUGGGGACCUCCUGAACUACUUACGAAGCAAAAGAGACACCUUUCACAAAACAUGGGCUGAAGUCUUCAGUCAGCACAAUUUUAGUUUUUAUCACAAUUUUCGAGGACAAAUCAAUUCAAGAAAUGGAAUCAUGCUAACAAAAGGAUCUUACCUACCAGCUGGCCAAAUGGAUCAGUCACACGCAAAACAAGACUUAGAUGUGAUCUCUAAAACAUAUGGAAGUGCCCUGAUUUCAGAGGAAGAUGCAAUGAAAUAUGUGAACAGGAGACUAGAUGUUGACGAAAGCCUCAAUAUAUUGACUUUUGAAGACCUUCUCUGCUUCUCAUAUCAAGUUGCCAGAGGAAUGGAGUUUCUGGAAUCAAAAUCAUGUGUUCACAGAGAUCUAGCAGCCAGGAAUAUACUAGUCACCUAUGGGAAAGUGGCCAAAAUAUGUGACUUUGGACUUGCCAGGGAUAUAAUGAAUGAUUCAAACUAUGUUGUCAGAGGAAAUGCUCGUUUACCUGUCAAAUGGAUGUCCCCUGAAAGUUUAUUUGAAGGGAUAUACACAAUUAAAAGUGAUGUCUGGUCUUAUGGAAUCUUACUCUGGGAAAUAUUCUCUCUUGGUGUCAAUCCUUACCCCGGAAUGCAAGUUAAUGAGAAAUUCUACAAGCUUAUUCAAAACGGAUUUAAGAUGGACCGUCCAUUUUAUGCUACGGAAGAAAUAUACUUAUUACUGUGUUCCUGCUGGGCUUUGGACUCCAGAAAAAGACCAUCCUUUUCGCAGCUGCUUUCCCUUCUGGCAUGCCAGCUGGCUGAGGCAGAAGGAACAGCAUGCUGGACAGAUCGUACUGAUACCUCUAAGCACGUUUCCAGUUCCAAAUGCAACCCUUAUGGGACGGGAGAAGCAGAGCUCACUAUUCCUCUGUUGGAUGAAGAUAUUGCAAGGGAAAAAUAAAGCAGACUUUUUAAUAUAUUAUUUUACAAACUAAACCACAUAAGCUGAAGGAAAUCAAAAGAGAUUACUCUGCCUUCCUUAAAGGGUCUAAUUUGCUGCUAUUGCCACUGAAUUGUUCAUAUCAGUUUUAUCCACUUUGCUUCUCAGCUGAAAUUUGGUACGGGUCUCCUUCCAUUUUAUUAACAGAAUGGAAGAUCUUCAAGCCUCAUUUUCAAGCAUGGUUGACUCAGAAGUUGUUGCUGAAUUUCUUUCAAAAUUAUAUGCAUCUCUAAAGUCAAAGUCUACAUUCCAGAUCUUUGUAUUUCAAGCAGAUGCAAACAGUAAAAUCAUAUCCAUAUAUUUUGCAAUUGAAGUUCCCAAACAUGAAUGUAUUAUAGCCUGAGCUUAACUCACACAGUUCAGCUAGCUGCACUUAUAUUAUAUCCUCACUAAAUAUAAAACCAAAGGGUUAUAUCAGCUAUCAGAAGGACAAUCAUAUAGAUAUGGAUAUUUAUGGAAAUAGUGAAUUUGGGUAGAUUACAGGGGUAAAAUCCAGCAGGUUCUGACAGGUUCUGGAGAACCAGUAACGGAAAUUUUGAGCAGUUCGGAGAACCGCCAGCGGAAAUUUUGAGUAGUUCAGAGAACUGGCAAAUGCAACUUCUGGCUGGCCCCAGAGUGAGGUGGGAAUGGAGAUUUUGCAAUAUCCUUCCCCUAGGAGUGGGGAGGGAAUGGCGAUUUUAUAGUAUCCUUCCCCUGGAGUGGGGUGGGAAUGGAGAUUUUGCAAUAUUCUUCCCCUGCCGCACCCACCAAGCCAUACCAUGCCCACCAAGCCACGCCCACAGAACCGGUAGUAAAAAAAUUGGAUUUCACCACUGGUAGAUUAUCCCUGAAUGUCCCUCAGACUACAGACUUUUUAAUACUAUUUCCCAAAGACGUUAAAGAUAAAAGGUUUCAUUGGGCAUAAAAUACUGGAAUUAUAGAUAUAUUGCUACUGAGAUUGAUAAAAUCCAGAAAAACAAUAUUUGGGGCAGAAAUGCAAGAAAAUUCCAAAUGAAAUUGGAACAGGAGCAUCCAAAUUUUGGGAGCUAAAAUUUGUUCAGAAUUUUAACUGCAGGCACUAUUACAAAACACAGCAGCUGCUAUACAUUAGAUGUGGUCCAUCACAAAGCACCUAUUGAAAGAAACCUAAUUAGGGUGCUUCUUACCAUUCUUUCCAAGACCUCCUACAUACUAUCCCCCACCACUUAUUCUUUCUUCAGUCAACCACCAUUUUUAUUUACAACUUAAUGUAAGUUCUUAUAAAGCUCAGAAACUUAAUUACAAAUUAUACAGAUGGUGAAAGAUGGGGGGCUUGUUUUUGGCAUGCCAGCAGCAAAUCGGGGAACAGGCAGGCUGGUAGAGGAUUUGGGGAAAGCUAGGUUUAGAGCAUCGAAAUAACUUCAUAAAAAAUAUAACUACUUGGCCACAUUCAUAAAAAGCAGGGGAACAUAUUCUUCAAAAGCAGCAAGAAAAGCUCUGGGAAUGCUGCGUACAGAACAAAGAAAGGGGUGAUGUACUAAGUACAAAUUAAUGCAUUCCCCCCACCUCUCUGCUUUAAAUAAAAGGCCGGGCAGGAGAAAAUCUACAAAAGACUUGUUGAGUAUGCAAGCAUAGCAGGAAAGAAAGAGAAUUAAAAAUGCUAACUUAGAUUGUCCAGUCCACUAUAAACUCCAAUGAACUGGAUCCAGAGCUAGAAUUGUAAACUUAAUAGAAGUUAGCUGCUUUAUAAUUCACAAUUAACAUGUGACAUUAGUUGAUAGGUGAGUCAAUGGCUGCAUUCACCCUAUACAAGUAAUCUGUUCUGGUGUUAUUCUAAAGUAAAUACCUAGUGAGCCAGCAACAGAUGAUCAGGGGCAUUCUAGACAAAUAGGGAACAGCCAUUUAACAAUUCACAACCCUGGGGGGAAUAAUCAAAUACUAAAAUAUUUGCUGACUACUAAAAUCAAUUUGUUCUCCACAAUUAUCUUCAGCAUUAAGGACUGUAUUAAAUGAUUAUCUGAAUAUUUGAUAGCAGUUUAUGCUUAUGCUUGAUAAUGAAUGUGUAGCAAUAUUCGACAGCAAUGUGCAACUGAAUUACUGCAGUAUUGAAUUAUCUCUUACAGUUGCCAUGCAGUUGAUUUCAAUGUGUGCUUGUAUAUACCUUUUGUGCCUGCCAAAAUCAAAAGAUGCUAUCGCCCUUAAAUUUUUAUGGCCAUGUCAAUUCCAGGUUUCAGUCUUCACCUUUGAAAAUGGUUUGGGGAUUAAGGCAAAUUUAUAAGUUAUUUUUUAAAGUUUACUUUCAUUACAAUAAACAUUGGGGCUGGAACAUAAAUCAAAGGAUAUGAGUCUUCUUCUUUUUGAUGAGACAAUGACAGGUUAUUGUUGGAAACUUGACAGAGCAGGAAAUUGAUUUUAUGUAUGCAUUCCCGCUUCAGUGUAAUAGCAAUAGUAACAGCACUUAGAUUUAUAUACCUCUUCAUAGUGCUUUAUAGUCCUCUCUAAGCGGUUUACAGAGUCAGCAUGUUUCUCCACAACAAUCAGGGUCCUCAUUUUAUUGACUUUGGAAGGAUGGAAGGCUGAGUCAAUGAGAAUCAAACUGCCAAACUGCUGGCAAUCGGCAGUCAGCAGAAUUAGGCUGCAAUACCUAUUCUAACCUCUGUGCCACCACAACUCAUAAGUCAUAACUAAAUUAAAUGUGUGGCUCUCUUCUGAUGCCACUGCUGUCUAUGAAAAUGUUCAUAAAGUGCCAAUUAAAUAUAGCAGGAUGCAUAAAUUACUCUGUGGAUUCUGAAUAGAAACUUGCUGUAUUGCCUCUAUAAUAUCUAUUUGUACUUUUUGUGUUGCCUCUAUAAUAUCUAUUUGCAAUUAAUGUGUGAUCUUUGGUAAAGAUGUUCAUUAUGAUCAAAUAAUUUAAUUCUAGAUCCUUUAUUUAAUAGGUAUUGUGUGAAAUUGUUUUAAACUCAGUUUCCACAGUUAUGUUAAAUAAAUUCAGAUCUAUUCUUUCUUUAUUUUGAGCAGAAAUGCUCAUUUUAUUCUGAUUACCUAUUUGUUCUGACAGUUUUACACAAAUAUUGCUGCUGCUUUGGGCUGAUUUUACCUGAUUAAUUAUUAUUUACUAUGCUUUUUAUAUUUUCAAUUGUACACACUUUUCAGAAAAGAAGUGCAUAGUUUUUAACAAGCCAAUA